AUGAAUCAAAUGGGAAUGAGACCGGGAAUUAUCAUCCUUCGGGAGGGUACAGACUCAUCUCAGGGAACACCUCAACUCGUGAGCAACAUCAAUGCCUGCCAAGCAGUUGCUGAUGCUGUGAGAACAACACUUGGACCUCGUGGUAUGGAUAAACUUGUUGCAAAAGGAAACAAUACUACCAUCAGUAACGAUGGAGCAACAAUCAUGAAGCUGCUCGAAAUUGCGCACCCUGCAGCAAAGACACUCGUGGAUAUUUCCAUGAGUCAAGAUUUGUCAGUAGGUGACGGAACAACAUCUGUUGUACUUCUUGCAGCGGAAAUAUUGUCAAAACUUAAACCACUCGUAGAAGAGGGACUAUCUCCAACUCGCAUGAUUCAGACAAUUCGAAGAACUGGAAAACAAGCUGUGCAAAAGGUGAAAGACAUGGCGAUUUCCCCUGACCAGCAAACAAUGCUUUUGAAGUGUGCUAGCACUGCUCUCAAUAGCAAAUUGAUUUCUUCUCAUCAAGAUCUGUUUGCUCCAAUGGUCGUGUCUGCAGUUACUAAGCUCCACGAAUCCGGUAAUGUUGACGAGAUUGCCGAUUGGAUUGCAAUCAAGCAGAUUCCUGGAGGAGACGUCCGAUCUUCCUUUUUGGUGGAAGGCGUUGCAUUCAAAAAGACUUUUUCGUACGCUGGGUUCGAACAAAUGACAAAACGAUUUGAGAAACCCAAGAUCCUGUUGUUGAACGUUGAGCUUGAAUUGAAGUCAGAGAAAGAGAACGCAGAAGUACGUAUAUCCAGUCCUUCUGAGUAUCAGUCAAUUGUAGACGCGGAGUGGCAAGUGAUCUAUGACAAGCUGGACGCAUGCGUUGCCAGUGGAGCAAACAUCGUUCUGUCAAAGCUGCCUAUUGGAGAUCUGGCAACACAGUAUUUCGCCGAUCGCGGUCUUUUUUGCGCGGGACGUGUUGUUGACGGAGACUUGAAGCGCGUCGCGAAGGCAACCAAUGCUAGUAUUCAAACCACAACAAAUGGCCUCACAGACGAAGUUUUGGGAACAUGUGGAUUGUUCGAAGAAAAGCAAGUUGGAGACGAGAGAUUUAACUUGUUCACGGAAUGCCCGUCAACUUUAACUUGUACAGUUGUUCUUCGAGGUGGAACCGAACAGUUCAUUGCAGAGAGUGAAAGAAGCAUUCACGAUGCAUUGAUGGUUGUCAAAAGAACAAUUCAAUCUGGUUCUGUUGUUGCUGGCGGCGGUGCUGUAGAAAUGUCUGUCUCCAAUUUCUUGAGGCGACGGGCGUUGGAAAUCGAAGGCAAGGAGCAACUCAUUGUUUCUGCUUACAGCAAAGCCCUUGAGGUCAUCCCUCGUCAGUUGUGUGAAAAUGCCGGAAUCGAUGCCACCGACACGCUGUCAGCAUUGCGACGAAAGCAUGCUCAAGAUGGCGACGAUGCGAAAUGGUAUGGUGUCAAUAUCGAGGAAGGAGGUAUCACCGACACAUUUGAACUUGGAGUUUGGGAACCAAGCGACAACAAGAUGAAUUCUUUCGAAGCAGCUACCGAGGCAGCUUGCGUCAUCCUUUCAAUUGACGAAACGAUUAUUACCCCACCAUCACAAGAUCCAGGAGCGCAAGCAAGCGGCAUGAUGGGCGGUGCUGGCGGUCCACCAAUGGGUGGAGGUGGCGGGGCUCCCAUGGGUGGCAUGAUGGGUAGUGCCAUGGACAUCGCGAAUAGUGGUGGUGCUCGUUCGGGGCAGCUCGCUCCUGGCGUCUCAUAUAUGAAGGGGAGAGGAGGAGGAUAA